CUCUAAACAGGGAGAGAAAGAACAAGAAAAGAGAUGGAGAACAUUUAAACUGGAUUUGUGUCUGCAAGCAGCUCUACACCAACCACAAAACAUCCAGCAAAUAGUGCAGAAAGUGAUGACUUAUAAUUAUGAAGAAGAGAGUGAUUUCCUGCUGGAUCUGUGCUCACAUGUGAAGCAGUAUGAGAGUAACACAGGCAGGAGAGUCCUUCCAGCAUUGCUGCCAGUUUACCAGUCACUUCCUGCAGUCUGGUCCAUAAAGCUCUCAGAGAGAAAAGCCUCCCUCCUCCUAGAAGUGCUGAAACUCCAAACAGAGAAGAAACCAGUGGAGCUGAGAGACUGCUCAGAUGAAGAGAGUGAAGUGAGGAGUUUCCUUCAGUGUCUGCCCUACAUCUCACAGCUCAGGUUUAAAGACUUUGACUCUAAACAGGGAGAGAAAGAACAAGAAAAGAGAUGGAGAACAUUUAAACUGGAUUUGUGUCUGCAAGCAGCUCUACACCAACCACAAAACUUCCAGCAGACGGUGCAUAAAGUGAUCCCUUAUAAUUAUGAAGAACAGAGUGAUUUCCUGCUGGAUCUGUGCUCACAUGUGAAGCAGUAUGAGAGUAACACAGGCAGGAGAGUCCUUCCAGCAUUGCUGCCAGUUUACCAGUCACUUCCUGCAGUCUGGUCCAUUUCUCUCUCUUCAGAGAGAAAAGCCUCCCUCCUCCUAGAAGUGCUGAAACUCCAAACAGAGAAGAAACCAGUGGAGCUGAGAGACUGCUCAGAUGAAGAGAGUGAAGUGAGGAGUUUCCUUCAGUGUCUGCCCUACAUCUCACACCUCUGGUUUAAAGACUUUGACUCUAAACAGGGAGACAAAGAACAAGAAAAGAGAUGGAGAACAUUUAAACUGGAUUUGUGUCUGCAAGCAGCUCUACACCAACCACAAAACUUCCAGCAGACGGUGCAUAAAGUGAUCCCUUAUAAUUAUGAAGAACAGAGUGAUUUCCUGCUGGAUCUGUGCUCACAUGUGAAGCAGUAUGAGAGUAACACAGGCAGGAGAGUCCUUCCAGCAUUGCUGCCAGUUUACCAGUCACUUCCUGCAGUCUGGUACAUAAAUCUCUCAGAGAGAAAAGCCUCCCUCCUCCUAGAAGUGCUGAAACUCCAAACAGAGAAGAAACCAGUGGUGCUGAGAGACUGCUCAGAUGAAGAGAGUGAAGUGAGGAGUUUCCUUCAGUGUCUGCCCUACAUCUCACAGCUCUGGUUUAAUGACUUUGACUCUAAACAGGGAGAGAAAGAACAAGAAAAGAGAUGGAGAACAUUUAAACUGGAUUUGUGUCUGCAAGCAGCUCUACACCAACCACAGAACUUCCAGCAAACAGUGCAGACAGUGAUGACUUAUAAUUAUGAAGAACAGAGUGAUUUCCUGCUGGAUCUGUACUCACAUGUGAAGCAGUAUGAGAGUAACACAGGCAGGAGUGUCCUUCCAGCAUUGCUGCUAGUUUACCAGUCACUUCCUGCAGUCUGGUACAUAAAGCUCUCAGAGAGAAAAGCCUCCCUCCUCCUAGAAGUGCUGAAACUCCAAACAGAGAAGAAACCAGUGGAGCUGAGAGACUGCUCAGAUGAAGAGAGUGAAGUGAGGAGUUUCCUUCAGUGUCUGCCCUACAUCUCACACCUCAGGUUUAAAGACUUUGACUCUAAACAGGGAGAGAAAGAACAAGAAAAGAGAUGGAGAACAUUUAAACUGGAUUUGUGUCUGCAAGCAGCUCUACACCAACCACAAAACAUCCAGCAAACACUGCAGAAAGUGAUGCCAGAUAUUGAAGAAUAUGAAGAACAGGGUGAUUUCCUGCUGGAUCUGUACUCACAUGUGAAGCAGUAUGAGAGUAACACAGGCAGGAGAGUCCUUCCAGCAUUGCUGCCAGUUUACCAGUCACUUCCUGCAGUCUGCUUUUACUUUACACAGGGAGAGAAAGAACAAGAAAAAAGAUGGAGAACAUUUAAACUGGAUUUGUGUCUGCAAGCAGCUCUACACCAACCACAAAACAUCCAGCAGACAGUGCAGAAAGUGAUCCCUUAUAAUUAUGAAGAACAGAGUGAUUUCCUGCUGGAUCUGUGCUCACGUGUGAAGCAGUAUGAGAGUAACACAGGCAGGAGAGUCCUUCCAGCAUUGCUGCCAGUUUACCAGUCACUUCCUGCAGUCUGGUACAUAAAGCUCUCAGAGAGAAAAGCCUCCCUCCUCCUAGAAGUGCUGAAACUCCAAACAGAGAAGAAACCAGUGGAGCUGAUAGACUGCUCAGAUGAAGAGAGUGAAGUGAGGAGUUUCCUUCAGUGUCUGCCCUACAUCUCACAGAUCAGGUUUAAAGAGUUUGAUUCAGUCUCUGCAUCCAUCCAGUUUUUGCUGAAUCUGAGCAUCGCAGCAGUCGACUGUCAAUCAGAUAAAGGAGAGAGUUUUACUGAGCUGCUGGCGUCAGUGUGCAGCUACAGCACAUUCCCUUUUGGUGAAGAGUUUCAUGGAUUCCAAGAAAGACAGAGUGAUUUCCUGCUGGAUCUGUACUCACAUGUGAAGCAGUAUGAGAGUAACACAGGCAGGAGUGUCCUUCCAGCAUUGCUGCCAGUUUACCAGUCAGCUCCUGAAGUCUGGUACAUAAAUCUCUCAGAGAGAAAAGUCUCCCUCCUCCUAGAAGUGCUGAAACUCCAAACAGAGAAGAAACCAGUGGAGCUGAGAGACUGCUCAGAUGAAGAGAGUGAAGUGAGGAGUUUCCUUCAGUGUCUGCCCUACAUCUCAGAGUUCUGGUUUAAAGAGUUUUACUCUAUACAAGGAGAGAAAGAACAAGAAAAGAGACGGAGAACGUUUAAACUAGAUUUGUGUCUGCAAGCAGCUCUACACCAACCACAAUACAUCCAGCAGACAGUACAGAAAGUGAAGAUAUAUAAUUAUGAAGAACAGGGUGAUUUCCUGCUGGAUCUGUACUCACAUGUGAAGCAGUAUGAGAGUAACACAGGCAGGAGUGUCCUUCCAGCAUUGCUGCCAGUUUACCAGUCACUUCCUGCAGUCUGGUACAUAAAUCUCUCAGAGAGAAAAGCUUCCCUCCUCCUAGAAGUGCUGAAACUCCAAACAGAGAAGAAACCAGUGGUGCUGAGAGACUGCUCAGAUGAAGAGAGUGAAGUGAGGAGUUUCCUUCAGUGUCUGCCCUACAUCUCACAGCUCAGGUUUAAAGACUUUUACUUUACACAGGGAGAGAAAGAACAAGAAAAGAGAUGGAGAACAUUUAAACUGGAUUUGUGUCUGCAAGCAGCUCUACACCAACCACAAUACAUCCAGCAGACAGUGCAGAAAGUGAUGACAUAUAACUAUAAACAGAAAGUGAUGCCAGAUAUUGAAUAUUAUGAUGAAGAUGAAUAUUAUAAAGAACAGAGUGAUUUCCUGCUGGAUCUGUGCUCACAUGUGAAGCAGUAUGAGAGUAAAACAAGCAGAAGUGUCCUUCCAGCAUUGCUGCCAGUUUACCAGUCACUUCCUGCAGUCUGGUCCAUAAAGCUCUCAGAGAGAAAAGCCUCCCUCCUCCUAGAAGUGCUGAAACUCCAAACAGAGAAGAAACUAGUGGAGCUGAGAGACUGCUCAGAUGAAGAGAGUGAAGUGAGGAGUUUCCUUCAGUGUCUGCCCUACAUCUCACAGCUCUGGUUUAAAGACUUUGACUCUAAACAGGGAGAGAAAGAACAAGAAAAGAGAUGGAGAACAUUUAAACUGGAUUUGUGUCUGCAAGCAGCUCUACACCAACCACAAAACAUCCAGCAGACAGUGCAGAAAGUGAUCCCUUAUAAUUAUGAAGAACAGAGUGAUUUCCUGCUGGAUCUGUACUCACAUGUAAGGCAGUAUGAGAGUAACACAGGCAGGAGUGUCCUUCCAGCAUUGCUGCCAGUUUACCAGUCACUUCCUGCAGUCUGGUCCAUAAAUCUCUCAGAGAGAAAAGCCUCCCUCCUCCUAGAAGUGCUGAAACUCCAAACAGAGAAGAAACCAGUGGAGCUGAGAGACUGCUCAGAUGAAGAGAGUGAAGUGAGGAGUUUCCUUCAGUGUCUGCCCUACAUCUCACAGCUCAGGUUUAAAGACUUUUACUUUACACAGGGAGAGAAAGAACAAGAAAAAAGAUGGAGAACAUUUAAACUGGAUUUGUGUCUGCAAGCAGCUCUACACCAACCACGAAACUUCCAGCAGACAGUGCAGAAAGUGAUCCCUUAUAAUUAUGAAGAACAGAGUGAUUUCCUGCUGGAUCUGUACUCACAUGUGAAGCAGUAUGAGAGUAACACAGGCAGGAGUGUCCUUCCAGCAUUGCUGCCAGUUUACCAGUCACUUCCUGCAGUCUGGUCCAUAAAGCUCUCAGAGAGAAAAGCCUCCCUCCUCCUAGAAGUGCUGAAACUCCAAACAGAGAAGAAACCAGUGGAGCUGAGAGACUGCUCAGAUGAAGAGAGUGAAGUGAGGAGUUUCCUUCAGUGUCUGCCCUACAUCUCACAGCUCAGGUUUAAAGAAUUUGAUCCUAAACAGGGAGAGAAAGAACAAAAAAAGAGAUGGAGAACAUUUAAACUGGAUUUGUGUCUGCAAGCAGCUCUACACCAACCACAAUACAUCCAGCAAACGGUGCAGAAAGUGAUCCCUUAUAAUUAUGAAGAACAGAGUGAUUUCCUGCUGGAUCUGUACUCACAUGUGAAGCAGUAUGAGAGUAACACAGGCAGGAGUGUCCUUCCAGCAUUGCUGCCAGUUUACCAGUCACUUCCUGCAGUCUGGUCCAUAAAGCUCUCAGAGAGAAAAGCCUCCCUCCUCCUAGAAGUGCUGAAACUCCAAACAGAGAAGAAACCAGUGGAGCUGAGAGGCUGCUCAGGUGAAGAGAGUGAAGUGAGGAGUUUCCUUCAGUGUCUGCCCUACAUCUCACAGCUCAGGUUUAAAGAGUUUUAUUCAGGCUCUGCAUCCAUCCAGAUUUUCCUGAAUCUGAGCAUCGCAGCAGUCAACUGUCAAUCAGAUAAAGGAGAGAGUUUUACUGAGCUGCUGGCGUCAGUGUGCAGCUACAGCACAUUCCCUUUUGGUGUAGAGGUUUAUGGAUUCCAAGAAAGACAGAGUGAUUUCCUGCUGGAUCUGUACUCACAUGUGAAGCAGUAUGAGAGUAGCACAGGCAGGAGUGUCCUUCCAGCAUUGCUGCCAGUUUACCAGUCACUUCCUGCAGUCUGGUCCAUAAAGCUCUCAGAGAGAAAAGCCUCCCUCCUCCUAGAAUUGCUGAAACUCCAAACAGAGAAGAAACCAGUGGAGCUAAGAGGCUGCUCAGGUGAAGAGAGUGAAGUGAGGAGUUUCCUUCAGUGUCUGCCCUACAUCUCACACCUCAGAUGUGAAGAAAAGUUAAUUCCACGUUUAAGUAAAGCAGUUGUUGACUACGCAGAAGAUACAGAGCUGGUGAGAGCUUUCUUUGCUGCCGUGGACUUCAUCUUCAUUAUAGAUUGGGUUUUAACCACUCGUGAGUGCAGGGCUGUGAGGAAAGUGCUGAGUCUCUCAGACUCCAAACUCAAACUCACUCUGAAACCCCGGGCCAUCUCUCUCCGAGGGGCGAGACUUCUCUUCAGACACAUCACACACCUACAGAAACUCUGCCUGAGUGACCGUGUGGUAGGGAGGAUGGUCCGAGCAUUUCGAGCAGUGAGAGCCGGUGGCUCAUUGGUCAUUGAGGAGCUCUGUCUGGGCCUUAACAGCAUAAAGCCAAAGAAAGAGAUCUUCACAUUUCUGAGCAGUUUGUCUUCCCUCCUGAACAUCUGGACUGUUCACUGUGUGAACCUCACUGAGUGCAGGAUGGAGGCUCACUCUCUCAUCAGCCUCAUGUGUCAUCCUGGGAAUUUAAAUAUCAGAUUAUCUAAAGCGACUCUCCAGCAGUUUACUGGUCUGCUGUGUGAGGCGCAGGAUGGGGAACUGACCCGCUUUUUCCUGGAGAAGGUGGGAGGUGACCUGACUUCCUGUUCUCUCAGUUGGGAGGAGCUUAUCUAUCUUCUCCAGCAGCAAGUUUGCCGCAUUAUUGUGAACAUCAGAAAGAGCAAAAUCACAUAUAAACAUGCCAGACAGAUUCUUCCUCUACUGUCUGAAAUUCAGUUUAAACGAUUGAACCCUGGUGUUGUGCUGUCAAUCAUCAGAGAGAUCUAUGAGACUGGUUCUGCUCACUGUGUGUCCCGUUUGUUGACAUCAACACACAGCUGUAUCAACCUGAACAAUACAGAGCUGGACUCUUAUCACUGUACUGCGCUGUGCUUCACCCUCCAACACUGCACAUCUGUCUCUCUGAGCCUGCUGUGGACCUCCAUACCAGAGGGGGAGCUGGUGAAGAUUCUGCCUCUGUUCAACAGAGUUUCUCAGCUCAGUGUUGACAGGCUCCUGUUGCUGAAGUUGCUCCACUGCUGCAGUAUCUCUGAGCUCCAGCAGGGGGCAGCAGCAGUUGUCUCGGCUCUGCAGAACAGACUGGACUUCUCUUGUAGCACUGGUUUGGAUCUGAGCACAGAAACACAGGAUAACACUCUGCACCUGACCACUGAGGACUGUAGAGACAUCAGCACUGCCAUCUGGAAAUCUCACCAACUUACAGAGCUCAUUCUAGAGGACUGUGAGAUGGAGGACACUGGAGUGGACAUGUUCUUCCUCAUUCUACAUACUGUGAGACUGCGCUGUAGUAAACCUUUGUUGCUCCGGUUCCUGGCUCUUCUCCAUGUGGUGAAUGAGUCAGACUGUGUGAGGCGUGCUAUGUCCCUCUCCCAGGCUCUGGAUGGACAGAUGGACCUCAGUGAGACCCCUCUGGACCUCGAUGCCUGUAGAUCACUAGCGUUGUUUCUGGAAUUUUCUGAAGGUCCGUCAGAACUGGACCUCAGCCACUGCCAGCUCGCUGAUCAUGGCCUGGAGCUGCUGUUCCCACACCUGCAUAAAGCAGCUGUCCUGGACCUGAGUCACAAUGACAUAGACGACUGUUUAGCAGGAAGAAUCUACACAGUCGUUUCCACUAGCAGCAAUAUACAGACAGUUCGACUCUUCAACAACAGAAUUACUGAUAUAGAGCCUUUCCGAAAAGACAAGCGCUUCGAGAUCUGGUGAUGACUGUGGACCAGUGUCCUGUUUUCACACUGUUUCAGAACUAUACAUAAACAAGUCAACAUGAUAGAGGCAUCAUUAUUCUCUUGUCUUAAUUCUAAAGUGUUAUUUUGGUACUUGUUUUGCUGUAUUUCUUGUCUGUCCAAUUAGUUUGAAAUUUCAUGGCUUGAGAUUUGAGACAUAUGCUGACCAAGCAUACGUCUGCUACAUUUACAUCUGACUUUAAGUGUUGUUCAUAAUUUUAUCCAUUAAAAAUUUGUCCUCUGAAUAAGCUGUCUGAUUAAAUAAAUGUACAGAAAUAUUUUACCACCCACAUGAACACAAGAUGGCAGCAAAGGAACAGAAAUAAAUUUAAACAUGACUUCUGUCAGCAUCAAAGCAGUUUCUAAAGGUCUCUUAAACUGUCUAAGCUACAAAGCUAAAAUGUUAUUGAGUUUCUUGUGAAUCAGUUAUGAUUGUAUGAGUGUUUACACAAUUGAGGUGCCAUUUAACCCUUGUAGUUUAAAAAAUUAAACUUACUUUUUAAUAUAUUUUCAAAUUACAUCUAAGAAAACAUGCAUUUAACCAUUAAACGUGUGGUAACUCAUCCCAGACAAUAUUAUAUCUGGCAGAUUGCAUUUUUCUCUUAAAUGAGUAACACUUGAUUUUUUUAUUUUUUUAUUUCUUGA